AUGUCCCUCGACCCAUGCUCCCGAGACUAUGCCCUUUCCCUGGAUGCCACAGACCCGCUCUCUCAUUUUCGGGCAGAAUUCCACAUCCCGACUCUGGCAGAUCUGAAGAGGCCAACCCUCGCAAAGUCUCCUGAAGAGGCGCCCUCUCAGCCUUGCACAUACCUGUGCGGCAACUCUCUUGGUCUUCAGCCUGUCAGAACCGCAAAUCUGGUCAACUCCUUCCUCACUCAAUGGCGCACCAAAGGAGUGUUGGGACAUUUCGUCGAGCAUGCAGACUCUCCCCUCCAACCAUUCUUGCACAUCGAUGAUCACGCCGCGAAACUCAUGGCCCCAGUCGUAGGUGCAGUUGAGUCGGAAGUGGCCGUCAUGGGUUCCUUGACGGCGAACUUGCAUCUCCUCAUGUCGAGUUUUUACCGUCCCAGCAAGAAAGGCGAAGGGAGGUGGAAGAUCCUUCUCGAGGGUAAAGCCUUCCCCAGUGACCAUUAUGCAGUUGAAUCGCAAGUUGUCCAUCACGAUCUGGACCCGGCAGAAGCAAUGGUCUUGUUGGAACCCUUCGAUCCCAAAUUCCCUCUCCUAUCCACCGAGCAAAUUCUCCAAACGAUCGACAAGCACGCCUCGGAGCUUGCCUUGAUCCUCCUACCGGGCAUACAAUUCUAUACCGGUCAAUUUUUCGACAUCCCUCGAAUCACAGCCCAUGCUCACUCGCACGGCAUCAUGAUCGGCUGGGACCUGGCCCAUGCCGUCGGCAAUGUUGAUCUCAAGCUGCAUGACUGGAACGUCGAUUUUGCCGCUUGGUGCACUUACAAGUAUCUCAACUCUGGGCCAGGAGCAAUGGCCGGCAUCUUUAUCAAUGAGAAAUUCGGCAAGGUUGACAUGGAAAGUCCAACCCACAAGUUCUGGCCGCGCUUGAGCGGCUGGUGGGGAGACAAUAAGUCCAGCAGAUUCCAAAUGACGAAUAAAUUCGUCCCUAGACCUGGUGCUGCGGGCUACCAGCUGUCCAAUCCGAGCGCGCUCGAUCUUGCGGCCGUUGUUGCGUCGUUGCAGAUAUACAACGAAACCUCGAUGAAGGAGCUGCGGGAGAAGUCUGUGCGCUUAACUAACUACCUAGAGCAGCUCUUGGAUGCCAUGGCGUUGAGAAGACCAGAAAAGUUCGAUAUCAUCACUUCCCGAAACCCAGAGGAAAGAGGCGCACAGCUCAGCAUCCGACUGGCUCCUGGCUUGCUUGAUGGAGUCCUAAAUCAUCUCGAACACGAAGGUGUCAUUGUGGACGAGAGGAAACCGGAUGUCAUUCGAGUCGCCCCUGCACCUCUGUACAACUCCUUCGCCGACGUCUUCCACUUCUGUCAGGUAUUGGACGACGCUCUGGGCAAAGACACGUUGUCCACUGAGAGACCAGCCCCGGCGUCAGAGGGGCUAGCGAGUCUCUGA